GAAGAAGCCUGACUACCGCACGUGCAGCACAGUGUCAACAUGGGGAAAAGAAGGCAGAAUAAGCAGCUUUUCACAAGUUUAUCCAAAAAACAGAAGAAACACUUGAAAGAAUUUGGAGAGGAGCAUCCAUUUCAUGAUGUAGUCAGUGCAAGACCUGAAAGAACUGAGAUACUGGAACUGCCAGCAAGCCCAGAACACUCUGACAUUGAGCCUGAUGAGCUGGAGGAUGAAGAGGAGGAACCAGAGCAGAAGACAGCCUAUCAGAAGCUCCUUUCAACUCUCAGCGAACCCACCGGUAAUGACCAGAGUGAAGAGGAGAGCACUGAUGAUGACGAGGACGAAGAGGAUGAAGAGGAGCUUCUUGGUGAAGGGGACAGUGAUGGAGUUGUUGAUGAUGGUGAAGAUGGUGACGAAGAUGAAGGAGGAGAGGAAGGACCUGAGGAUGCAGAUGAGGCUUUGACUGAAGCAGUGGAAGGGGAAGAGACGGCAGAGAAAGAGGCAGGAGUUCAAGAGUUUGAGGACAAGGAGCACGAGUCCCAGUUCUGUCUGGAGACCAACUUUGCGGAUGAAGGAGGAGAAGAGGACACUGAAAGCACAGCAGAGCAAAAAGACGGCAAAGACAUGUUUGUACAGCAUUUGGACACAGAACUUGGUGAAGAGGAUGUGCAGAAGAUAACAUCUGGCAGUAAAGCCAAGGCUCAGAUCAUGUGGCCAAAAUUGGGCAAUUUACUCUGUACCAAUCCCCUGGAGAAGUUUGGAUCCAUCGGCCCACAGAAAGACACAAACCUCCCAGUUUUCCACAAAGUUUUGGAAACCAGCUGGAAGCAUCUGAACCAGACCUCUGAUCCUAAGGUGGGAGCUGAGGAGAUCAGCCCACUGCAGCUGGAGCUGCUAGCUCUAAUGGGCUCCUACAAGGACUUCUACUACCCAGAGACCUGUCCUCUGAAACAGGGCCCACAGGUUUGCAGUGCAUACUGCGUCCAUGUGCUCAACCACGUACUGAAGGCCAAUUCUGGCGUCCUGGCUAACAACGUGCUGCUAAGGGAGCGGAAAACUCAGGGUAAAGCUGGAACUGAGCCGCAGGAUGAACCCAGAGACCAAGGACUGACCCGGCCCAAGGUCCUGAUUCUCGUUCCAUUCCGAGGCAAAGCUCUGCGUGUCGUGCAGACGCUCAUCAGCCUGCUGGAGACCAAAGGCAAGAAGAUAGUGAUCAACAACAAGAAGAGGUUCAAGGAAGAGUUUGGAGAGGAGGCAGAUGACAAGCCAUCCAAUCUGCAGAGACCAGACGAUUACAGAGCCAUCUUCUCAGGCAACGUGGACGAUCAUUUCAGGAUAGGCGUUUCCAUUGUGAGGAGCAGCAUGCGUCUGUACGCCCCCUUUUAUUCAUCAGACAUCAUCAUAGCGUCUCCGCUGGGCCUCCGUACAGUGCUGGGAGCAGAAGGAGAAAGCAAGAGAGACUUUGACUUUCUUUCCUCCAUCGAGCUGCUGGUGUUGGACCAGGCAGAUGUCUUACUCAUGCAGAACUGGGAACACGUCCUGCACGUGAUGAAGCACAUGAACCUGCAGCCGCUGGACUCCCAUGGAGUGGACUUCUCCCGGGUGAGAAUGUGGAACCUGAACAACUGGGCCAGACACUACCGGCAGACGCUGGUGUUCAGCUCCAUCCAAGACCCACAGAUCAACAACAUUCUCACCAAGCAGUGCGCCAACUACCGUGGACAGAUUGCUACAAAGAACAUACCGAAAACAGGCUCCAUCUGCCAGGUGCUGGUUCAGCUCCCUCAUGUGUUUCAGAUGUUCACCUCUGACAGCUUCAUGGACCAUGACACUCGGUUUCAGUUCUUUGUAGAUAAAGUGCUGCCUCAGUACAGGGACUCUGUCAUGUCCCACACUCUGAUCUACAUCCCGUCUUACUUUGACUACGUCCGGUUGCGUAACUACAUGAAGAAAGAGGAGACAAACUUUGCCAGCAUCUGCGAGUAUUCCAGCAGGUCGGAGGUGUCCCGAGCCAGGCACUUCUUCCAGAAGGGGGAUAAACAGUUUCUGCUCUUCACCGAACGCUUCCACUUUUACAAGAGAUACACUAUCAAAGGGAUCCAGAACCUGAUAUUUUAUGGACUGCCCUCCUUCCCCCACUUCUACAGCGAGGUGUGUAACAUGCUGGCAGCGGGGGGUCAAGGGGAAGAGGCCAGCUGGACCUGCACUGCCCUCUACUCCCGCUACGAUGCCCACAAGUUAGCUGCCAUCACCGGAGCCCAGCGAGCCGGACAGAUGCUCAACUCCAACAAGACUGUUCACCUGUUUGUUACGGGAGGGGAAGAUAAAACGUCCUAAUGGAGCUGGACAGAUUAGAGAGGGACCAAUUAAUAAAUCCAUGGUACAUAGCUACUGUACAUUGUGACAGCAGGAUGACCCUGGAUUGAGUUGAACCAAAAAGAUAUUGAAUGCAGGUCUGUGAUAGUGGAUUGCAAUGCGACACAUUACAGAGUACCUGGUUUGACAUCUGAAAAGUGCACCACUUAAAAAUGCAGAUAAGAAUGUUUUCCAUUAUAUUUGGACAAUUCACUUUCACAUGCACCUGUAAAAAAACAUGUUUAUGGGCUUUGGUGUGUUGUACUGUAGGUGGAAGCUAUCCUGAAACAUCAAGCCACAAAGUUAAAAGAUUAUAAAAAAUUGUAUUGAGUUA